UUGACGUCUCCCCUCUUCCUCUUCUUUUCUCUUCUCUCCUUGCCGGCGCGCCUUUCGUCAUUCUUUUGAUCAUCACGUCGCUCUUUACUUAAUGAAAUAAUGCGCUCCCAACUCUUGUCAUUCUCUUGCGCGUUGUUAGGUGGUUUCUGGGUUUGGAGGGUUGACGCUUCAUGUUUUUAUCCUGAUGGAACGUUUCCGGACGACUAUGUGUAUACGGCUUGUUCGGGAGACGAAUUCACAUCUUGUUGUAUCUUGACCGAGGGAGAUCAAUGUCUUUCAAAUGGCCUCUGCUACUCCCAGGCCGCAGGGUACAUGUUCCGAGGAGCAUGCACCGACAAGACAUGGAACAGCGAAAACUGCUUUCAGCACUGCAAAGGCACACUAGACGACUACUCCUCCAGUUCCUGGGACCAACUCGUUCAUUGUGGCGAAGACCGCUACUGCUGCUACUCUGAUGGGAGUACGUGCUGCAACGACGACACCAAGGUCUUCACCGUCGAAUCUGCAUCCGUCAUCAAGGACCUUUCCAGCACGACUUCAUACUCGCUUCCCAUUGAGCAGCCGACGGCGACGGCAGGAUCAGGUUCGAAGACAAGGUCCACAAAAACAGGGACAACAGCGACAACAGCUACAUCCACCGCAGAAGCCGAAGCCAGCACCGAAAAGCCCGCGUCCGGCUCAAGCGGCACCUCCAAAACCGUCAUCAUAGCCUGCGCCGCAGCAGGCGUCGCCGUCCUCAUUAUCGCCAUUGCGCUCGUCUGGUUCUUCGUCCGCCGCCGCUACCGCAAGAAACUCGCCGCAGGGUCAAACCCACAGUCAUACCCCAUGUCCGGCGACGGCUUCCAGAAGCUGCCGGAUAAGUCGCCCAGACCGGUCGAAGUUCCCGCUCCGCUACACUCGCCCAUGCCGCCGCCGGCGUAUCAGCCUCCUCAGCACGGAGCGGUGGAGAUUGAUAGCUCUUAUCGUCAUCCUGGGGUUAACCAGUGGGGGCAGCCGGUGUAUGAGGCGCCCGUCAAGGUGUAUAGGUAAAGGUUGGACAGGUACCGGCGAUAUUCGGCGAAGCCAGAGCUCAAGCUGGAAUAGAACGGAUCAAGAGAAGAACUAUUACAUGGGCUAAGGCACCAAAUGUGUAGUACUCGGGAAAUGAGAACUGGAAAGUGAGGCGACCGCGCGCUGCUGGGACCUGGUCCACCGCAUAGAUCAAAGGAGUGACUGGAUUAGAGGACGCUGAGAGGCUCAUCCAAUGACCCUACUUUGGGCAUAGUUUAUUAUUGCUAUCGGAGCUGCAGACUAGCUGAUGCUUGUCAUCGAUCCCGAAGCAUCCGAAAUUUGACCGCGUGGCUGCCCAGGCUGUUCGACACGGC